GCGCCCGCGUCGGCGCCAUACCUCCUCCGCGAGCCGCGCGAGUCGCACGCCCGCGCCGCACGUCGCCGCAACCGUGGCGGAAUAUCCACUGGUGUUGUAAUCAUAAUCACCUGCCAUUCGCAAUACUAUCGUAACCGAGUGAUUCCGAAGGAAUUCUUAUUUGCACGGGUUUUUGUAAACAUUUCUCCAACAAACCGUCAAGUGUAUUAAGUAAGUGCAAGCUACAUUCCAAACCGGUGUCGUUCUUUAAUGGACGAAGUGUGUUACUACUGUGUGUGUUGUAAGUUAGCUAAGAAGUGACUGGUUUAAUGCUUUGUAUCGUGAACUAGAUAACAAUUUAUAUUUAAACGAGUUACGACCGCAACUGCUCUACGAGGCAGGAAUACUCAGAAUGUAAAAUUUUCAAAAAAAAGUAAAGUCUUUUUCGCGAAAAUGGCUCGCGGAACUCUAAGUGAAAAUGAACGCCAUUGCUUAGAAGGAGGCGCAAAAAAUCAACCGGAGCGAUUGCAAGAUGCGGAAAAAACAAUUAAUGAUUGCAAAUCUAACGGUUUGAGAGUUCGCUUCCUGGACGAGGAGGGGAAAACGGAAAGGACGGUUAGCACUGAUUCGGUCGACUGCGCAGUCUCUCGGGUGAAAAAAAUUCAUAUACUAAAAAACAGAAGUUCCAGUGAAACUAGCAUAUUGCUACGAAACCCAUCUCUCCUUAAGAGGCGACUGACUUUGGAGCGUCGAUACAGCGACGGCCAAACAGAUACUCUAAAUAACAAUUCUCAAAGCGAGAACCUAAACGGAAAAUCGGGAAACACUGAAAGUUCCGACAAGACUGAUUACGGAGCGGACCAAACCAAAGAGAGCCAAAUUUAUAAGAAAAAUUGCAACGUGUAUAGUGUGAAUCAGGCGAAAACCCUGACUCCAGAGCGCAAGAAGUCAAAUCCCUUGACGAUUCCAAAGUUGAUAGCUCACAGAGAGAAUGUCCAAGGAAGAUCAAUUUUGCCAAAUGAGGUCUGUUUGGCGGAUGGCGCUUCUGGAAAAGACUUUACGGCGAGAGCUAUAGGAAGACUGUCUCGUGGUUUGGGCCGGUUGCUGCGACGUACAAACAGCGUACGAAUUAGUGAACCAGACCCGGUAUACAAAGUGGCAUACCUCGGGAACGUGCUCACCGGCUGGGCUAGAGGUGAGAGUUGCAUUGAGAAGCCACUUGCUACAUUAUGGCGAAAUUACCAACAGUCCACGAAGCCCGACGUCGUGAUGAAACUAUCCGUCACAAACUCCGGCCUCAAAGGUUUCACCAAAGAACACGGGCUCACCGAAUACUGGUCCCACCGUAUCACAUACUGCGCUAGUCCGCCACACUACCCUAAAUUAUUCUGCUGGGUGUACCGCCACGAGGGGAAGAAACUAAAACAUGAACUCCGUUGUCACGCUGUUCUUUGCACCAAAGAAACCGUAUCAAAGAAAAUAACCGAGGAACUUCAAAUAAAACUCAAACAGGCCUUAGUCGAGUUUAAAAAGGAUAGAAUCUCAAAACAGAACGCAAGGCUGAGUCUCGCUAACAGUGUCUACGAUAAUCCAAGUAUGCCACGUAGGAAGAUACUACUCAGUGUAGGCGCCAUGAACUACAGACCUCCUCUUGAAAGAUCAAAGUCUGCUCCUAAGCUUGGUGCCAUCGAAGAACUCUGUUCUGAGGAAGAUGAAGAAGAAGCAGAAAUGAAUUCAAAGAAGGAAUGUCAAUUCACAAUGGGUCUUACCACGUCACAGUCUUUAGAUAGACGACGACAAGAGAUGAAAUCUCCACGUAAGCUGUCAUGCCCCGAAGGCGUAAUGGAUAGAAUGCGAUUAGACUCCGAAGAAAGCAAGGAAGAAUCGACCGAUAAAUUAAUUGGCUUACUUGUUCAUGAAAGUAAAUUAAAUAAGGAGUCGGAAUCUCAUAGUGAAACUAGUCAAGAUAAUAACGAAAAAGAGGAAUCGAGAUUAAUAACACUGGAGUCGAUUGAAGAGACGAUCGAAUUAAACGAUGCUGCUAUGUUUCAGGGGAGGAAGAAUUUAAUUGUAGCUCAAAGUAACUACCUCGUCACUGAUAGCGACGAUGGGUCGGUUUCUUCAGGGUGCGAGACGGCGAGCACGGUCACCUCAUCUGACGCGGAGCCGUCAUCGCUUCCUUCACAUUUCUCACAGGAAGAGCACAAAGAAACUGAUAGUGACGAAGAAAGAGUACCGGUAUUUGAGAGAAUACGCAAUUUCGAAAGUGCAUCGAUGAGAAACCACAUGAGCUACACGAACUCCAUUCAUGCUAUUAACGAUGGUAGUGAUUCAACGAGCACGGUUACUUCAGAUGAAGUAAGUCAUGUGCCGAUUGGUGAGAAGAACGCUUUCCGUCGACGAUCUACCUAUCCGCCCCUGAGAGCUGACUCCGGCAUACUCGAUAGCUUCGAGGGCAAAUUUGAUGCUCUCAUCGACAAUUUGACUGACGUUGAUAGUUUGAACUCGAGCACGGAGACAGAGGUUUUUAAAAACACCGGCGACAACGACAGCGCCUGCAGCGAUGAAUCUGGCUAUUCUGAGCUUCUUGAUGGCAAAGAGAGUAUUAUCGGUAACACGAUCAUGGUCUAAGCGUCGCGGAUGAACCCUUCAUCACUUAUAGCAACAUUAAUGCACGGUUAUACUAAUUUUAUACUAAGACUUAGCUUACACUACUUUGUAUUUGUAAAUAACAGGGUACUGAAUGUACUUUAUCUAGUUAUCUAGUUGAUAUGUUAUUGAUUUAGAUAUUUGUAUAUAUUGUAAUAUAGAAUAUAAAACUUUAUUUUAAGGAUAUUAAAAUAUCGGAGUUUUAUGUAUUAAUAUGUCUUUAUAUUUAUCUUGGAUGACCAUUAUGUCUUUUUCUUCAAAUACGCAUUUGUAGCAUGUCGUUAAAUUAAGAUAAAAUUUACAAUGUAUGUAGUUGUUUUGUAUAUUUAAAAGAUCAUUAGGUACUUACACAUUCCAUUGUUAUACACUUCCCAUUUAUUACUCGGGUCAUUCAUUCGUCUGUAGUGCAGAAAAUAUUA